AUGCCCAGUUCCCAGGAAGAGAUGGCCCCGCUCUGGGUCCGGAUCCUAUGUCCCUGCAGGUCUGGGGCAGAAGAGGACGAAGAGCGGCGCAGCGAUCAGGCUGCGGAGACUGAAGACGCCGCCGGCGAUGUCAAUAGAAGCGGAUGUCAUAAGAAGAUUACCAAACAGUACAGCGUCACGAAGGUCCCCCCACCAGAUGACGACACUGGUGAUGGUGGCAGUGCCUUUUAUGUCAGUGAAACAUAUGAUGCGACUACUGUGAUUGACAGUUCCAUGCACAGCUAUGAUGCAAAACAGAAUGAAACUGAGAGUAGCAGUGUACUUGAUGUCAGUGAACCAGAUGAUGACACAACUGUGAUUGACAGUACCAUGCACAGCUAUGAUGUAAAACAGAAUGACACUGAUAGUGGCAGAAUAUUUGAUGUCAGUGAACCAGAUGAUGACACAAGUGUGAUUGACAGUAACAUGUACAGCUAUGAUGCAAUACAGAAUGACACUGAUAGUGGCAGAAUAUUUGAUGUCAGUGAACCACAUGAUGGGACUACAGUGAUUGACAGUAACAUGUACAGCUAUGAUGAAAAACAGAAUGACACUGAUAGCGGCAGUAUAUUUUAUGUCAGUGAACCAGAUGAUGACACAACUGUGAUUGACAGUAACAUGUACAGCUAUGAUGCAAAACAGAAUGACACUGAUAGUGGCAGUAUAUUUUAUGUCAGUGAAUCACAUGAUGAGACUACAGUGAUUGACAGUAACAUGUACAGAUAUGAUGCAAAACAGAAUGACACUGAGGGUAGCAGUGUACAUGAUGCCAGUGAACCAGAUGAUGAGACUACUGUGAUUGACAGUACCAUGUACAGCUAUGAUGCAAAACAGAGUGACACUGUUAGUGGCAGUAUAUUUGAUGUCAGUGAACCAGAUGAUGAGACUGCAGUGAUUGACACUACCAAGCAUAGCUAUGAUGCAAAACAGAAUGACACUGAUAGUGGCAGUAUAUUUGAUGUCAGUGAACUAGAUGAUGACACAACUGUGAUUGACAGUAACAUGCACAGCUAUGAUGCAAAACAGAAUGACACUGAUAGUGGCAGUAGAUUUGAUGUCAGUGAACCAGAUGAUGAGACUGCAGUGAUUGACAGUACCAAGCACAGCUAUGAUGCAAAACAGAAUGACACUGAUAGUGGCAGUAUAUUUUAA